UAUUAUCGAGUAUGAAAAUUUUCAACUGUUGUUACUGUAGCCUAACCUUAAAUUAGUCAAAUUUGAUCAAGAAUCAAAUAAUAAAUACUAAGAACAUAUUUUAUGUUAAAUUAACUUAUUUUUGUUAAUUUCGUCUCGUUCAGGUAGUGAAAGUUGUAGAUUCCAUGGCAUUUCCAUUGAACGAUCAGAUUUACACAAAAUCUUUUACACCUAGAGAGUAUCAAGUUGAAUUAUUCUAUGCUUCUAGAAACAAAGACAUUAUUGUCUGUUUAGGCAAAAGUUACGAACAAACUUUCAUUGUUAUAAAACUGAUUCAAGAAUUUGCUACAAAUAACAGGCGACCAUUAAGUAAAGGAGGGAAACGAUCAUUGUUUAUACUAACAGAUGAAGAAAAAUGUACAAUCAAAGCGAGUUACAUACAACAACUGACAGAUUUGAAAGUAUUAUUAUGUGAUGAUUGUUUACUCACAGAAUUUACAGAAAAAUUCGAAACUUCUCAUGUAUUAAUUACAACUUCUAAGAUAUGUGCACAAUUACUGAUAGAUAAAAAAAUUUUACCACAUCAAAUAAAUCUAGUCAUAGUUGACGAGUGCCAUAAAUUUAUAGACAAUAAUGAGCUAAAAAUUAUUUUGCAAACUUUCUUGGCAUGUAAUAAUGUUCCUAGAAUCAUUGGAUUAGCUGUACCAUUGUUUAAUUUAACCCAGGAGCCUGGAAGAUUAGGAUUGGAAAUAGAAAAAAUAGAAGAUAUAUUUCAAUGUGAAGUUGAAACAGCUAGUGAUAUAUUAUCUAUAUUACGGUACAGCCCUAAACCUAAAGAAUAUAUAGUAGAAUAUGCCACAAGUGAGGAAGGAGAAUUACACAUUACUAUUAAAAAUUAUAUAUUACAUGCUAUGGAGUUUUUACGUGAUCAUCGUCAUGAUCCAACUGAAAUUUAUAAUGAGGAAUUCUAUGAAGAUAUUCAAAAAAUACCAGACCCUAUAGACAAACCUUUUGAGAUGAUGCAAGAUUUUUUAUAUAUAUUGGAAACUCUUGGACCAUGGUGUGCAGAUCGUGCUGCAUUAGCUCUUUUAAUUUUGACGGAAAAAUUAAAGAUAAAAACACCUUAUGAAAGACAUUACUUGUUAUUAAAUAUGGUGGCAUCUGUUUUCACAAAAAUACGAGCUUUAUGUGAUAAUGCAUUUGAAGUUUUAUCUGAGAAAGAAAGAAUAUAUAAAUAUGCUACGCCAAAGGUUCAUCGAUUAUUGCAAAUUUUGAAAACAUAUACACCAUAUUAUACUAAGGAUAUCAAUAACACCGAUAAUAAACUAAAUAAUGAAAAUAUUUCUCAAAAAUCAGUAAAUAACAGAGAAAAUUCUACUAAAGAUAAAUUUGUUCAAUUUAAAAAAUUAGAUUGGAAAAGUAACGAAGAAAAUUGUAGAAAACCACCUAGAGCACAACGACACAUGCGUAGUAUUACUGAUCCUGAUUUACUCUGUGGAGUAAUUUUUGUAGAUAAAGCAUUUGUAGCAAAAGUAUUGUUUUAUUUAUUAAAUGAAAUAUCUAUGCACGAUGAAGACUUACAUUUUUUGUCACCUCUUUAUACGAUUGAAAGAAAUGUAGAUGACGUCAGUUAUUCAAAAGAUUUAGAAAUAGAGCAUAGAAAACAAGAAGAAGUUCUGAAAAGAUUUAGAAUACAUGAAUGUAAUUUAUUAAUUUCGACUUCAAUAUUAGAAGAAGGUAUAGACAUCCCAAAAUGCAAUUUUGUAAUGAGAUAUGAUUUUCCGAAAACUUAUCAGUCUUAUGUACAAUGUAAAAGUCGUGCAAGAGCUGCAGAUGCAUUAUAUGUAUUACUGGUACCACAAGAUAUGUCAAAGGAGUAUGUAUGGCAACUAGCCCAAUAUCAUUACAUAGAAAAGACUUUGUUAAUAAAAUGUUCUAAUAACGAACCGUCUGAAGAAGAAGAAAACGAAGCAGAUAUGUAUGCUGCUAUGAUACCACAUUAUAAACCGCUUGAUGGAGAUGAUGCACCUAAAGUUACUUUUAAUUCUGCUAUAUCGUUAGUAAACAGAUAUUGUGCAAAAUUACCUAGUGAUACUUUUACAAGAUUAACUCCAGAAUGGUCUAUUCAAGAAAUGAAUAGUGAUAGUACACUUAUGUACAUAUGUUCUUUACGACUUCCUAUAAAUUCUCCAGUAAAAUAUGUAGUAUCUUCAUAUCCUAUGCCUAACAGAGCCAUGGCAAGACGAAUGGCUGCUUUACAAUUGUGUAUUGAUUUACAUAGAAAAAAUGAGAUAGAUGAUAAUUUGUUACCUAUUGGGAAGGAAAACUUUAAAGCUAAACCAGAAGAUGCAGAAGUACCUGCUCUACCAGAUGAGAGUCAAGUGGAUUUUUCUGAAGCUCGGCCAGGAACAACUAAACGAAGACAAUACUAUUAUAAAAAGACAGCUGAAGCAUUGACAGAUUGUAGGCCAAUAAUUGGAGUUCCUUCUUAUUUAUAUCAUAUUAAUCUAGUUUUGAGUUGUCCCUUACCUGAAGAACAAAAUACAAGAGGUCGACGUAUAUAUCCUCCUGAGGAGUCAGCACUUGGUUUUGGUAUAAUAACAUUAAAAGAAAUUCCCAAGUUAUGUCCAUUUCCUAUUUAUACUAGGUCUGGAGAAGUUCAUGUAAAAUUAAAACUUAGUAAACAGACUAUAGUUUUAAAUGAAACGCAAAUAGAAAAAAUUGCUACUUUUCUUAAUUACACUUUUACAAAUGUAUUAAGAUUGCAACAAUAUUUAAUGCUCUUUGAUCCUAAUGCUUCAGAGAAUUCAUACAUGAUAGUACCUGUAAAAUUAGAUGGAGAAUCUGAUGUCACUGUAGAUUGGAACUUCUUAGAAUGUAUAUAUGCAAAUCGAAAUGCAGGGCCAACUAAAAUCCCUGAAGAAGACAGAAAAGAUUUCAAGUUUGAUGCAUCCAAAUAUCAUGAUGCAGUAAUCAUGCCUUGGUAUAGAAGUCAGGACCAACCUCAGUACUUUUAUGUUGCUGAAAUUUGUACAAAUUUAAAUCCCAAAUCUUCUUUUCCCGGUGAUGAUUAUAGCACUUUCGAAGAAUAUUAUCUUAAAAAGUAUGGUAUACAGAUACAAAACUUAGAUCAGCCUUUACUAGACGUGGAUCACACAUCAGCUAGAUUAAACUUUUUAACACCAAGGUAUGUCAAUCGAAAAGGUGUUGCUUUACCAACAAGUAGUGAAGAAACAAAACGGGCAAAACGGGAAAAUUUGGAGCAAAAGCAAAUUCUUGUUGCUGAAUUAUGCGCAAUUCAUCCUUUUCCAGCUUCACUUUGGAGACAAGCAGUUUGUUUACCUUGUAUUUUAUAUAGAAUCAACGCUUUAUUACUUGCUAAUCAAAUACGAUGCCAAGUUGCACAAAUGAUAAAUUUAGGACAGCAGAAUUUAAAUUAUGACUUUGAAUGGCCAGCAUUAGAUUUUGGAUGGAGUUUAGCAGAGGUUUUAAAGAAGUCUAAAGAAUCUGAGAAAGCAAAAUUAGGCAAGAAUGAAACCAUUCAACAAAAUUCUGCAAAUGACAAUAAUUGUCAGAAUAUACCCAAAAGUAUAAUGGAUAAUUUACAUAAAUCGGAUAAGGAAGACUUAAAUGAAAAUGAUUACAAUGAAUUUCAAUCAAAAAGUGAUAAAAUAAUCGAAGCGGAAGAAAUAUCGAACGAUGAAAAUGAAUUAGAAAUCGGUACUUGGUCAAGUGACAUGGCAAUGAAUUCCAUGGAUUUUGAAACAAAUAAUUUGAAGUCAUUUCCCUUGAAUGUAACCGUUUUGCCAAGUGAUAUUAACUGGAGUGAUAUUCGAUAUGGAUCUCCCGCAUGCGAGUCAGAUUUUGAUGGUUACGAAUCGGAUGAUAUUUACAGCGAUGGAUUUGUCGAUAGUUCUGAUGAAAGUGAGGAUGAAAACAGAGGGUUACGAAUUUCUUAUAUGGGCGAGAAUGUUGCAGAAGCCGUAGAAGACGAGAAACAAAUAUCUAAGCAAGAAAUCAAUAAAAAAAUCUUGGAUUUGUUAGAAACUGAAAAAACUUUGGACAAUGCUUUAUGGUCGUAUGCGGAAAAAGAAGAGAAUUCUUUAAUCGCAAAGCACAGAGAAGCUCACUACGAAUUUGCCAAAGUAAGGGAAUAUGAGAUAGUGCAAAGUGGAUCUUUCAUACCCUGUGAUAACGAAAUUGUAAUUAAAAGAAAAGCUUCGUGUAGCUUACAAUUUGAAGAGAAUUUGCCAAAUUACGAGCACAAAGCGCACGUUGAAACUAUAGUCGAGAAAUUCACUAAAGAAAUAUUAAAUAAUAAUAACAGCGUACAGCCAAUCAAAAAGGAUUCUAAUACAUCGAAAUUUACAUAUCACGCGGAUAGUAAUCUUUUUAGUUUUGACUUUCAACCAGAAUUGGAAAAUCAUUCGGGCCCAAGUCCCAGCUUAAUUCUACAAGCUUUGACCAUGUCCAACGCAAACGAUGGUAUUAAUUUAGAACGUUUAGAAACUAUUGGUGAUUCUUUUUUAAAAUAUGCAAUAACUACAUAUUUAUAUUGUACAUAUGAUAACAUACACGAGGGCAAGCUUAGUCAUUUAAGAUCCAAACAGGUCAGUAAUUUAAAUUUAUACAGACUAGGAAGACAAAAAAUGUUAGGUGAAAGUAUGAUAGCAACAAAAUUCGAACCGCAUGAUAAUUGGUUACCCCCUUGUUAUUAUGUACCAAAAGAACUUGAACAAGCAUUAAUUGAAUCUGGUGUACCUUCUACAUUAUGGAAUCAAGCUGAUAUUCCAGCUUUACAAGCUGUAAAUCCUUCUGAGAUAACUCAAUUGGUUAGAGAAACGGAACAAAAAUUGGGUGUCAUGAAAAACGAACUUGAUCGGAAUGAGGCAUCACUUUCAAAUAAUUUAGAUAACAUACGUUGCUUUAUACCGUACAAUUUAAUUACGCAACAUAGCAUUCCUGAUAAGAGUAUUGCGGAUUGUGUGGAAGCAUUAAUUGGAGCUUAUUUAAUUGCUUGUGGCUAUAGAGGCGCAUUACUUUUUAUGGCUUGGUUAGGCAUUCACGUGUUACCUACGGAAGAAAUUACUAUUGUACAAGAAUUAGAGCCUCAAGAAAGAAUUCCAGGCAGCACUCCUUAUAUAAAAGGAAGGAACGAAAAAGGUCAAACAACAUGGACACAGAUUCAUUACGGAAAAUUAGAAGAGCCGCAAAAUCCCUUACUUCGAUAUAUUUCUGAUCCAGAACAAGAAUUGAAAAUGAUGCUCGAUGGUUAUGAGGAGUUAGAAAGAAGUAUAGGAUAUAAAUUUCAUGACAUUAGUUAUUUACUACAAGCAUUCACUCAUGCAUCAUAUCAACCUAAUAGAUUGACAGAUUGUUACCAACGUUUAGAAUUUCUUGGAGAUGCUGUUUUAGAUUAUUUAAUAACAAGACAUUUGUACGAAGAUGCUCGACAACAUUCUCCAGGUGCUUUAACAGAUUUACGAUCUGCUUUAGUUAAUAAUACUAUAUUUGCUUCUUUAGCUGUAAGAUGUGGAUUUCAUAAAUAUUUUCGACAUCUUUCUCCUGGUCUAAGUAUUGUUAUAAAUCGUUUUGUUAGGAUUCAAGAAGAAAAUGGACAUUCCAUUAGCGAAGAAUAUUAUUUAAUUGGAGAAGAAGAAUGCGAAGAAGCUGAAGAUGUAGAAGUACCAAAAGCGUUAGGUGACGUUUUUGAAUCACUAGCUGGUGCAAUUUACUUAGAUAGCGGAAUGUCCUUGGAUGCUGUGUGGAGCGUCUAUUAUGCAAUUAUGAAGAAUGAAAUUGAGCAAUUCAGCACCAAUGUUCCUAAAUCUCCGAUUCGUGAAUUAUUGGAGUUGGAACCUGAAACGGCAAAAUUUGGAAAACCAGAAAAAUUAGCUGAUGGACGAAGAGUCAGAGUUACAGUGGAUGUGUUUGGUAAGGGCUCUUUUAAAGGAAUCGGAAGAAAUUACAGAAUUGCAAAAUGUACUGCAGCAAAAUGUGCUUUAAAGAAACUAAAAAGGAUGCAGAAUUAUUCAAGAGAUAAACUAUGAUAGCAUAUACAAUAUUAGAUUAAAGUGAAAACAUAGAAUAAUAUAAAUUUCUGUAAUAUUGUUAUAUUUCUAUAACAUUGUAUCCAUAAAUACGUCUGAAUUUGUAAUAUAAACAAA